AUGAACUGGCUGUUCCCGCUCGGCAAGGGCGGCGCCGCCCCCGCCUCCGCCGCGCCGCCCGCGCGCACCGGCCUCCAGCAGCAGCGGCAGCGACAGGUCGAGUCCCUGCGUGCCGCGCACGCCUCCAUUGCAGAAAUACAGAAAGAUGUGGAAUAUCGACUGCCAUUCACUGUAAACAACUUGACAAUUAAUAUUAACAUUUUGCUUCCACCUCAAUUUCCUCAGGAAAAACCAGUCAUCAGUGUUUUCCCACCUGUGAGACAUCAUUUAAUGGACAAGCAGGGAGUAUACGUGACUGGUCCAUUAAUAAAUAAUUUCACAAUGCAUUCAGAUCUUGGAAAAAUUGUUCAGAGUUUGCUGGAUGAGUUUUGGAAGAAUCCUCCGGUUCUAGCUCCUAGCUCAACAUCAUUUCCAUACCUUUUCAACAAACCAGCUGGAAUGCCUCCUUUUGCUCCUCAGGGGUUUCCGUUUCUCCCUCCAUAUCCACCUCAAGAAACAAACAGAACGAUGGCAGCCAUGCCCGUUUCUGAAUCAGUUUCUUCAAGCUACACUACAGACAAGCCUGCUGCUCCCUCCUAUGGCUUGAUUGCUGAUCUGCCACUGCCUGUUCCGACAGCAGAAGCAGUGCUUCAGGUUGGCCAGAACGGAUUUACAUACAAGAUGCCUGAUGUUCCUGAUACUUUUCCAGAACUCUCAGAACUAAGUAUAUCACAACUGACCAGUAUGAAUGAGCAAGAGGAGGUGUUACUGGAACAGUUUGUGACUCUUCCACAACUGAAGCAAGUCAUUACUGAUAGAGAUGAAUUAGUGAAAAGCAUUGAAGAGCUGGCAAAAAAAAACUUGUUGCUGGAGCCUAGUCUUGAGGCAAAAAGACAGACGGUGUUGGAUAAAUAUGAGCAACUCACACAAAUGAAAGCAGCCUUUGAAAAAAAGAUGCAAAGACAGCAUGAACUUAGUGAGAGUUGCAGUCCAAGUGCUCUGCAGGCCAGACUUAAAGUAGCUGCUCAUGAAGCUGAAGAGGAGUCUGACACUAUUGCAGAAGACUUCUUGGAAGGCAAAACAGAGAUAGAUGACUUUCUUAGUAGUUUUAUGGAAAAGAGAACGCUCUGCCACUGCAGACGAGCCAAAGAGGAAAAACUUCAACAGGCAAUAGCAAUGCACAGCCAAUUUCAUGCUCCGCUAUAGACUUCCUGCAAACUACACCUGCCAAGAGAACGAAUGAAAAACCCAAUAAAGCACACUUUUUAAUAACUAUUAUUUGCAAAUAAGCAUUUCAUCUUAUCUGGUUGUAUUUAUAGAAGAGAUUGUAUACAGAGUUGGGAUGGUUUUUGUACAAAUUAGGAUGUCUCUUUAUAUUCUCAUUGUACUCAAGAAUCCUUCUAUUGCAAACUUUGCAUUAAUUUCUUGUAUUUAUUGUUGAUAGUUAUAAUAUUUAAGUUCCCUGCUGCUAUACUCCAUUAUUCAGAGAUUAAAUAUCUAAACAUGUAAUUUUGACUAGCUUUUUACAUUUUUAUAAAAACAUAAUUCAUAUCUUUUGUAUUUUGAACUUUAACCAUAGAUUAGGCUUAAUCUGUGGAAGACUUAAAGUGUUGAUCGGACUUUGGAAACUAAAAAAGUUCUUGAUGGAGAUUGCCAGUGGAUUCACAAGCUGUCUUUUCUUGAAGCCAAAAUAUUAAAGAACAAGUUUUUUUACUUCUAAGUAAUAAUAGAAAACUAAGUAUAGCUUGUACUGUGUUUUGGAUGAGUAGACUGGGGAUUAAGCAAAGGAUGUGUUGGAACAAAUUAUAUUGGAAUCAAAAUAGAAUAAAUGAUAUCUGCAUAGAUUUGUAUGUUGCUUAGUAGCACUGAUGCACUGAUUUCAAGAGCAGCUUGGUACUACCACUAAUUAAACACAAUUUUCAUCUAACAAUUUCUUUUUUUUUUUUUUUUUUUAAUCAUAAAGAAAUAAUAGUCGGGUCACCUUCCUGUUUCUGUUUUAUGUAAUAUAAAUAUGUUCAUCAUGAGGAACUCUGAAACUCUUCACAAAAACUAGUUCUGAAGUUCUUUGGAAAAUAGUUAUUUUUUCCUAAUUUUAAGAAACAAAGAAACUAAUUCAGUUGGAGUUGGAUAGUGUCACAUGGUAAGGCAAGUGAUCAGAUUUGGAAGUGAAACUUAAUUCUGCACUUUAAUCAAUGAGUCUUGCCUCUAGUAAGCUAACAGCCUUGGGAUGGAGAUACAUCUGUUGAGAAAGGAUAGGACCAAAUGCAGUGUUCUGUGGGAGAAAAAUACAGCCCCUAAAUGCAUGCUUGUAUUUUCUCUCUUGCUAUUGCGAGAAUACACAUUCUUUUUCUUAACUUUCUCAAUGCAUUGGCUUUUCAUGUAGACAGUCAAGGAGGAGAAGGAAUUUUACAGUUUUGAGAGUUAAAUAGGAUGAAGUGCUGAUUAAGUAAUAUACCAAAAAUCCUACUUAUUUCUUGGCAGGAAGCAGUCUGGAGAUAAACCUCUUAGCCAAGACUCUACCUGUGUUACCUAGAUAGGAUCACAGAACAUGACAGGUUCAAGUCUCAGACUACAGUCCAAGCAUGUGCUUUUCCUUAUCACUGAUCUUCAGUCCUAAACUUCAUAGUCUUCCUGCAAAAUGUGAUACUUCUGAAUGAAGAAGAGUGAGUAUGGAGAAUCACAUAAGUGCGAGAAGUCAGUUCCACAGGCUAAUGGGUCUUCAGUCUCAGCCCUGCCGUUUGUUACAGUUGUGUGGUUGUCCUAAGCUGUUGCUUUUCAGGGUGAGUAAACUAUUCACUGGUAUUUUAUAGGACUUAUUUUAAAGAUGGAUCCAAAUUCUGAGAUUAGAUGUCACAAGAAAACAGAUAUAUGGUCCAAAUCGAAAAAAAUCAACAAUUUAUAAGUGGAGUGAUUAAGCAAUAAUUUUAGAGAAUCUUAUUCAAAAAAAUGUGUUGGUUGUAUAUUGACAUAGCACUCCUGCUAAUGUGCUGACUAAAGCCUUAGAUUAUGUAAGCAUCCAAGUGUGAGGAUGUGUCUGAGUAGCUCUGGAAAAGAGUUAGAUGUAAGUCAUCACUGUUACAUUCUUGGCAAAAUCCCACCUAUUUUUGUGCUGAGUUAUUUCUGAUCUCUUACUGAGGAUCUAGUUAACACUCAAGACUACACACAAUUCUGGGCUGUUUUUUUGUUGUUGUUUUUUGUAAACAGAGAAAGGCAUGGAUGACCAGACAUGUGGUGUUCUUGCUCUAUUGGGCUAGUAUCUUCUUUACAUAUUUUGUAACAGCAUGGGAGGACAGGCUUCUGUUCUCAUCUGCCAGGUAUUAUGAUGCUCUGCUGUCACUGAAUACUUUAGCUGGGUCACCUUCAGGGGAUUUGCUAGUACAAGUUCUGAACACUUUAGCUUUUGUUCUUAUGUUACUUUUGUGAGCAAAUUCAAAUUCCAUGGAGUCUUUCAGAUGGUAGGGGAGUAGAAUAUACAAAAAAUGUCACUGUUCAAUUCAAGUUCAGUGUUAGUUCAGGGAUUUGAAAGUUGAGUUCUCUUUUCUCCCUUUCUAUUCUCUGAUAUUGUUGUUACUACUCUGGAUUUUUUCCCUUAUUUUUAGACCCUUCUGCAGUCACAAACCCAUCUUCUAGAAAAGAAGCACAGAAGUCUCUGUAUUCAAUGAUGAUGCAUACCAGAUUAGCUGCAGGAAUGCUGUCACAUCCAAGAAUGUCCAGCCUGUUUCUGGUCUUUAAGGGCCAACCUGCUGCUGGUUGGGGUGGGUUUUGAGGGGUUUUUUUUGUUGUUCUGUUUUUCUUUUCUUUUAGUCCUACACUGGUUUUACCUUCCCUGGUCUACUUUCACCAGAAGACUAGGUAGAACACUGAUAACACUCUUAUCAGAGCUGGGGUUUUUUGCUUCUAACAUGCUGGUAACUUACUGUUAAACACGUUCUUUACCUCAAUUUUUGCCAAAAUAUGGAGUGUAGGUGUAAAUCCAGUUUUCCAUAAAUCGUGAGAGAAUGGCAACUGCUUUUAGAUGAAUAUUCUAAAGAUUUUUGAAAUAUGUCAAGUGAACUUGUAAGCAAUCUGGAAUAACAGGCUAUGUAUAUUGACUUGUUUCUUGGGAACCUUGCACAAUGUGUUCUGCACACUCAGGUGUUCUACUGUGGGGAAGUCAACUCAUUGAACAAGAAACACAAGAGUAAGGAGAUGGCUUGGCUCUGAUGUUUCAGUAGUUUGGGGGGAAUGUACAUUCUGUGUUUUAAUUGCUAAUUGAGUCCAGAGUUUGCCUAAUUUUAAUACCUGAUCUUACUGCUAAAUCACAGAAUGGGUCAGGUUGGAAAGGUUCACACCUGGGUCAUUUGGUCAAACCUCCCUGCUCCUAGAGCACAUGGGACAGGAUUGUGUCCAGAUGGUUCUUGAAUAUCUCCACUAUGGGAGACUCCACAGCCUCUCUGGGCAACUGUUAUGGUGCUCAGUCACGCACACUAAGUAAAGAACUUCCUCGUAAUCAGCUGGAACCUCCUGGGCAUCAGUUUCUGUCAUUUGCCUCUUGUGAUAGUGUUCAACACCACCAAGAAAAGCCUGGUUACAUCCGCUUGACACUCUUCAGAUACUUACAGACACUGAUGGGGUUCCCUCUCAGUCUUCGCCAGUCUAAACAGGCCCAGCUCCCUCAGCUUAUUCUCGUAAGUGAGGUGUUCCACUCAUCUUUCUUGUCCUCUGCUGGACCCACUCCAGGAGCUCCAUGUCUUCCUUGUUCUGAGGAACCCAGAACUAUUCUUCCCCAGGUGCAGGGCCCUGCAUUUGCCUUUGUUGAAUUUCAGAAGGUUCCUCUCUGCCCAUCCCUCCACUCCAGCGAGAUCCAUCUAAAGGGCUACAGAACAUUCUGGGGUAUUGGCUGCUCCUCCUGCCUUUGUGUCAUUAGUGAACUUGCUUAGGAGGCACUAUGUCAACCACCACUCCAAACAAGAGACUAUGAUUAAGUCACUUCUAAGCAUUAUGUAUUAUAAUUCUAUUGUUUGCUGUUUACAUACUCUGGCAGCUUUGCCUCUUAGGACCUGGGUCAAAUGUGGAAGCUAGAAAUCUCACAGUUUUAUACAUGUCAAAGUUCUAGCUACUCUGUUCAAAUACUAGAAUAAAUUUUUAUAAAAUAGAGAUUUAAGAGACCUUCAGGUAAAAUUCAGUUAAAACUCUGGCAACAAAGUCAGGUAUCACAGCCUUAAUUAUUCUGAACGUUAAAUACUGUAAUGUUAAACUUACAAUAAAAGUUUUAGGAUUUUAAUAUAUCUUGUAGUUGUCUAACAGAUACAGUUGGGCAUUGCAGGACUUCUUGAGUGAAUACAGAAUUGUGUUGAAAGUGUAUGCAGUACAAUACUGAAGGACAAACUUUUUAUCUUCAUGUGCAGUGAUUUGAGCUUUUCCUGUUCAACAGCAGUAGUUCUUGGAGCUACCUUCACUAAAAUGGGCUUUAAAAACCUAUUGCAUAUCUGGCUUUUGAGAAUGCCAUGUUUUGGUCAGAUACCUGCUAACAGCACAUUUCUAUGAGUAAUAAGCUAUAAAGGGAGCCUAUAUUUCAAUAAUAAGGGAAUACCUCAACAUAAAGAACUGUGUUCUUUAGUCUUCAGAAAGGAAAUAAAUUCAUCUGAAUAACCUUAGCAACAGAUUUAGUCCCUUGCCUGAAUUCAGUUUUUAUUUCUGGUGGACCUAUAAGGUUUUUUCAUUAGCUUCUUUACAGAUUGAAUUGUAUCAAAAGACUAGAACAUUUUAUUUUAACAUUUAACAUUAUUUGAUUUGCUGGUUUCAGGUGCUUUACUGGCAAUUUAAAUAAUAUAAGUAAAUUUGAAUGUUUAUUUUAUCUUCUUGUCACCACACUCUGGCAGCUCUCUGAAUUCAGGGUUUGCAGUACACUUGGCUCUGUAUCUUUGGCAUAUUUUUCAUGUGUCUUAGUAGUGCCAUAAGUUGACCUAAGCUGACUCACCUAACACACAUUCCUCCCUUCCCAAAUGAAUUGUCAGCGACUUACCUGUCCUUGGAGAAUUUUUCAGUCACUGUCUCUGUAGUAUAAAGGUGUAAAAGGUGACCAGCCAGCCUACAAGAUGCACUCAGCCUUCAGCCUGCACCCAGAAGCAGCCCCCAGCCUUGGCUGUGUUUGUGAUCUACUUGAGAGCUCUUGUGUGCAGGUCAGGGCAGUGUUCACAUAAAAGCAUUAAGUUAGCUGGUCAACAAUGAUGACAUUCUUGCCUUCACUGCAAAGGCUAUCUCGACUUUGUUACUGCGAUUUAAUUGUUGGUUCAUUUCAUUAAACAUCUUUCAUGCUGUGAACUGAUUCCCUGUCUUCAAAGAACGUGGCUCCCUGCCUUACUUGCUGAUUAUAUAAAGAGCUUUCCUUCCCUGCCUUCCUCCUUUUAUUUUCUGUUUCUGCUUUUUUAUUUUUAAUGAUACUGAUUAAUUUUAUUUCUCAGCUUUUUAGAAUCCAUUGCCAGUUACCACAUUUGUUUCUUAUAUAGUUACCAAUAAAAACGUCUGGCAAAUAGUUUUCCUUCUCUGCUUCAGAUGGUAAUCUUCUGUAAAGAAGGCUUCAGCUUUUGAUCCCAUUGCCGUCAGUGUCCCUUAGAGGCACAUUUUGAUACUAAACAGCAGCCUAAACCUAGUGAGGCCUUUCAGCAGUUUAGUUACAUUCAUCUGUGUCCUAUUUGAAAUUGCAGUGGGCCAAAUUUGCAAAGAUUUGCAGCAAGGCUACAAGAAAACCAUUUUAAAAGUUAAUAGAGAAUUCUUCUUAUCCUUUUUUUUCCAUUUCCUUAAAGAAAAGAAAUACAGGGGUAUAGCAUGCUCCCAUAUAAUUAACACAAUUGAUGAGAGUCUCAGGUUUUUUAGUUAAACACUUGUAGAUUCUUCCACAGCUGCAAAUACUGGAUUCAAGUAUAGGGGUAGGGAAGAUACAAGAAUCCCUUGAUCUCAGUGACAAAGUGACUCUUGAGUAAAUGAAGAACUCUAUUACAAAAAUCAGGAAAGGAAUCCUUUGUUACAUUCUCUGGUGUGAAAUAACAUUUCAUAACACCUGAGUGUUUAUUUGGAGGUGUUUCUCUGAUAAUGCCACAAAUACAUAUAGUACAAUGAAAGCAGUAGUAAUUAAUGCAAAAUUCCAAGGACUAAAACUCACAUAACAGAGGGCUGCUAAAUGAAGGCUCAAUAAAGAAAAUCUCGAUAUUUUAGUUGUAGAGCCAGUUACAAGGAGUUGCAUAAGCAGCACAAAGACCAUGCUUUGAAUUUGCAUAUCUUGCUCUUCUGCCUUUAUUUCUAGACAUGUCUAGUUGAACACAAUAUCAUCAUAUACAAUUUUAUAUUUUAAAGAUGUACAAUAACAUUGCCCAUUUUCAAACUGAUUUUGUGGCAGAAUAUUUGUGCGUUUUGUUUUCGUUGCUAACUUUGCGGCAUGAUUCUUUAGUUGGAGAAAACCCAUUCAAAGUUUCCCUUAAUGCCAUAUAGGUUACAGGCUAUGUUCAAAAUAUGAAAUACUUCUAAAAAGUGCAUUAAAAUCAGGGCUUUAAUUUAUAAAAAUUCGUAAAGAUUAAAAACCAGAAGGCUAGAUUCUGAACAGAAUAUAAUUUAUUGGGGUUUUUUUUUAAUUGAACUAUAGCAAUUUAUCAAACUGAGGAGCUGGCCUUUCCAAUAUAACAUUAAGAUAAAGCUUGCAGUUAAGGUUUCAGAGGUUGUUCAAAGACGGCAACUCCCUUCAGAGGAUAGUAACAAUACUGAAGUUCACCUAGUCACUUUUAAUAACAUGUUCACAGAACAGAAUGAAAAGCCAUUCCAGAAAAGCAGACUGAAUAAUAAAAAUCUAAUGAUGCUAAAUUGAGGUAUAUUUAUAUAAUACAGUUCUUUCUGUAGAUCUAUACUUGAAGUAGUGGGAAAUGCAAUCAAAGUAAACUUACAUUACUACCACUUUGCUCUACUAGAGUUCAAUUCUGCACUGUCUCUAAGCAGGUAAAAGCAGCCAUAUUAAUUAUAUUUUUAACUGCUGGCUUUAAAUAAAACUAAAAAAAAAAAAAAAAAAAAAAAAA